AUGAUUAAUCAUUUUGGUCCAACCUAUUUACGAAAACCAACUGACGCAGAUAUUAGAGAAAUAUUAAAGCAAAAUCAGGAAAGGCGAUUUCCCGGAAUGCUGGGUAGUCUUGACUGCAUGCAUUGGAUAUGGACCGGAUGCCAUACCUAUUGGUCCGGUCAGUAUAAGGGUCACUACGCAAAACCAACGGUUAUCCUUGAGGCUGCUACUUCUUAUGAUUGUUGGAUAUGGAACGCUUUUUUUGGUCUCCCGGGAUCUCAAAACGAUAUAAAUGUUUUACACAAAUCGCCUUUGUUUGAUGAUGUAAAGUAUGGAAUUUCUCCUCAGGUAAAUUUCAGUAUCAACGGGAAUCACUACACUCAUGGUUAUUAUCUUGCAGAUGGAAUUUAUACAAAAUGGUCAACUUUAGUUCAAUGUUACAGUCAGCCACCUACCGGAGAAAUGGGUCGUUCAUACUCAUAUUUCAAUAGUAGACAAAUGGAUCUGAGAAAGGAUGUGGAACGGUCUUUUGGAAUUCUGAAGCGGAAUUUUUCAAUCAUUUGUGGGCCUUAUCGUAGUCUAAGUACUCGUGAAAUGCAUAAGACUACGCUGACUUGCAUCAUUAUGCAUAACAUGGUAAUCCAGGAAACUCGUCGUAAUAAGAAUUGGACUAACCAUCAAGAUGAAGACUUAAGGCCUGAGAUUAUAGCUAUGAAAAGGAUUGUCACUCAAUAUCGUCUUAGAGGUGACACCAAUGUUGAAUUUGGAAUACGAGUGGCGAAGAUGGAGAGGAAAAUUUUUCGAAUACGAAGCGCAGUACCAAAUUCUUAA